CAAACCCUAGCUUGAGGAGGAAGAGGGAAUGGUCGGCGUGAUGAACAGAUUGAGGAAUCUGGACGCUUACCCUAAAAUCAAUGAAGAUUUCUACAGGCGUACUCUUUCUGGUGGUGUUAUCACCCUUGUCUCUUCUUUCGUCAUGCUAAUUCUCUUCUUCUCCGAGCUUCAGCUGUAUAUUCACCCGGUUACUGAGACUCAGCUUCGUGUUGAUACAUCAAGAGGAGAGAAGCUACGCAUUAAUUUUGAUGUUACAUUCCCUGCUCUUCAAUGUUCGAUUAUUAGUCUUGAUUCCAUGGAUAUCAGUGGAGAGAGGCACCUUGAUGUGCGACAUGACAUAAUUAAAAGAAGAUUAGACUCUUCUGGCAAUGUGAUCGAGGCAAAACAAGACGGAAUUGGUCAUACUAAGAUUGAAAAACCUUUACAAAAACAUGGUGGAAGGUUGGAGCACAAUGAAACAUACUGUGGUUCCUGUUUUGGAGCCGAAGCGUCAGAUGAUGCUUGUUGUAAUUCAUGUGAGGAAGUUCGUGAAGCUUACCGAAAGAAAGGUUGGGCCCUCUCAGACCCUGAAUCAAUCGACCAGUGUAAAAGAGAAGGCUUUGUGCAAAAGGUCAAAGACGAAGAAGGUGAAGGUUGUAAUGUUCAUGGUUUCUUGGAAGUUAAUAAAGUUGCUGGGAACUUUCAUUUCAUCCCUGGGCAAAGCUUUCAUCAAUCCGGUUUUCAAUUUCAUGAUAUGUUAUUGUUCCAGCAAGGAAACUACAAUAUUAGCCACAAGGUCAACAGGUUGGCCUUUGGGGACUUUUUCCCCGGUGUAGUGAACCCUCUUGAUGGUGUGCAGUGGAAUCAGGGGAAACAUAGUGGCGUCUAUCAAUACUUCAUCAAGGUGGUACCAAGCAUAUACACCGAUGUUCACCAGAAUACAAUUCAGUCAAACCAGUUCUCUGUGACAGAACAUUUCCAGAACAUGGAAGCAGGUCGCAUGCAAUCUCCGCCUGGUGUUUUCUUCUACUAUGAUCUAUCGCCGAUUAAGGUGAUAUUUGAGGAGCAACAUGUGGAGUUCUUGCACUUCCUAACAAAUGUUUGCGCUAUAGUUGGAGGUAUCUUCACGGUAUCGGGGAUAGUAGAUUCGUUCAUAUACCAUGGACAACGAGCAAUUAAGAAGAAAAUGGAGAUUGGUAAAUUCAACUGAGUCGUUUGAUAUUCUCCACACGUUCUUGAUCAGCAACUGGAGAAUCAUCUCGACGGGUUUUACAGUUAGA